AAAAUGUUUCUAUAACUGCUAGCAUAACACAAAGUAAGAAAUGGCUGAGACGAAAGAAACACUGCUUGUUAACGGAUCAGCAGAGCAGAAGUCUCCAGUCAGACGCAUGCAUUCAGCAACAGCUUUCACUGUGAGCGUGUCUAAGUCUGACGCUCCACAUUUUGAUCCUUACAAAACAUUGGAAAGAUCCCAGUCUGAAGCUGCUCUUCUGAAAAAUCCACACAGUGCUGUUAAAACUGAAGAUGGAGUUGCAGAAACAUUUUCAGAGCAAGAAAUGGGAACUGAUGGAAUGGACUUUGGGGCCCAUAAUGUAUCUGAAUGUUCAAAAGUGUACCUAGAUUUGUCCACUGCUGAGGCAUAUGAAAAUAUUAAUGAGCAAAUUCCCUAUCCAACUUCUUUGUUUCGAACUGGAUCAGGUAGAUUAUUGGAAACAAUCCCACAGGAUGAAGAAUUGCAAACAGAUGAUGUUCGAUUUAGCCUCAUGGGAGAAAGAUCCAUUUCCACUGAAAGUAAUUCCAGUGCGAGUAGCCUUGAUGAAAGGGCAUCCAAGACCCACAUGAAAUCCCUAACUAUAAAAGAGGAGUCUUCGAGGUACACAGUCUCCAGUUCAUACUCUAAGGUUGGCAAGAGGUCUCCAGACUACACAACUAAAGCAAAAACCAACAUGAAAUCCACCUUCCAGACUUUCUCCUUAAACAUUAAGCAGAAAAUUAAACAACUUCAGAUGGGAUCCGUUCAAGAGCAGAUCCAAGCCAUGAGGGAGAUCAGUGUUAUCAUAGAUCAAGCAUGGGCCAUACCAAGUUUUGGCAGAGACUUAGCAUAUGGAUUGUGUGAUAUUUUGAGGAAUGAAAAAGCACUUGAUAUUAUUGUUAAGAACUGUGCAUCACCCUCUAAUGAUCUGAUGAAGGCUUCAGCAAAGUUGCUUGAUAAAAUCCUGACCACUGGAAACAGGAAGAGGGUAUCGGAAAUAGGCCUGGACAUUGUGGUCAAAAUGGCUGUUUCCUCUAAAGGGGAAACAGAAAUGGCCCGAGUUGUCACUGGUAUAUUAGAGAGUCUCUUUAAGAUAUCAGAAGAUGUAUGUGCAAAGCUGAUAUCCUUGGGAGGAUUAGAUGUUAUUGUGUUUUGGUGUAGAAGUAAUGACCGUUCCACCCUCAGGCAUUGCUCCAUGGCCGUAGCCAACAUGGCCUUGUAUGGAGGAAGGGAGAACCAGGAAGAAAUGACCAAACACAAAGUUCCAGAGUGGUUGUUCCCCUUGGCUUUCAAUGAUGAUGAUGGCGUCCGAUAUUACGCAUGUCUGGCUAUAGCCAUCUUAGUGGCCAACAAGGAGAUUGAGACAGUGGUGCAGAACUCAGGGACUUUGGAAGUGGUUCUACCAUUCUUAACAAGCCACACCCCAAGUCAGUUUGCUCGCAUGGAAUUAUCUCACCAGCAGGGUCGCUCCAAGGACUGGCUGAAACGUCUUGUGGGUCUUCUAUCCAGUAAGAGGGAAGAAGCCCAGGCUUUGGCUGCAUUCCACUUUGCUAUGGAGGCUGGAAUUAAAAUGGAGCAGGGUAAAAAAGAUGUAUUCUAUGAAAUUGGAGCCAUUGAACCAUUGAAAUGUUUGGCAAGUAGUCCCAACCCCACUACCUCAAAACUGGCAUCAGAGGCCCUGAGGACCAUUGGUGAGGAGCUUCCUCAUAAGUUAUCACAGCAGGUGCCCAUUUGGAAUGUCGAGGAUGUAGUCUUCUGGGUCAAUAGAACUGGCUAUGAUGAGUAUACAGACCGUUUUGCCAGAUGUAAGGUAGAUGGAGACCUACUGCUGACAUUGACUGAAGCAGAUCUUGCCUGUAGCUUAGGGAUGGAUUGCAGAAUCACUCAGAAGAGGUUUCUGAGGGAUGUCAAAGAUUUGAAAAUUAAAGCAGACUACACAUCAUGUGACCCAACAGGGCUCAGUGAUUGGCUGCAAGAACUUGGUUCUGAGUAUAGGCAGUAUACUUACACCCUUGUAAAUAAUGACAUUGAUAAGAACUACCUGAUGCAAAUGACUGAUGAGGACCUCAAGGACUGUGGCAUUACUAACAGCAUCCACAGAAAAAAGAUUUCUCAAAAAAUUGCAGAAGAUUCCUUGUACAAUAUCCAACCUAAAACACAAGUCACGAGAAGUACAGAAAGCAGUAUGGAGAGUGUGGACGCUAUGGAUGGAUCAACAAACACAAUCUCCAGACCCAUCGAUGUCUUCAUCAGUUACCGAAGGGUCAACGGGUCACAGCUCGCCAGUUUACUAAAGGUUCACCUCCAGCUGAGAGGAUUCUCUGUAUUUCUGGACAUUGAGAAGCUGAAGGCAGGAAAGUUUGAUGAAAAUCUCCUUAACAGUGUUAGGCUGGCCAAAAACUUCAUUCUAGUUCUGACCCCUAAUGCGUUAGAUAGAUGUAUGGAGGAUGAUGAACAAAAUGACUGGGUACACAAGGAGAUUGUAGCAGCCAUGGAAAAUGGCUGCAACAUUAUUCCCCUGUUGGAUAAUUUUCACUGGCCUCCAUCUGAGAAGCUCCCACAGGACAUGAGACAGAUAACAUUCUUCAAUGGAAUAAGAUGGAUCCAUGACUACCAGGAUGCGUGUGUAGACAAACUGGAGAAAUUUCUUCGUGGGGAAAUAAAUAUGACACACAAACGGGCUGCACUCUUCCAGAUGGGCUCCUCCUCUGAGGGUGUGGUAGAUGGAGGAAAAUACAGCUCCAGUGAAGAAAGUAGUCCCAGCAUUGAUGUGUCACCCAAUCGGGAUGUCUCUUACAGCAGUUGAUGGGUCGCAAUUAAACAAUUAUACACCUCUCGAUGCAUGAUUUUUUUGUCUACAAGAACUUCUGCAAAUGAGCAUAAAUUGAAUUGUUAAAGUACAAUUUAUGUAAAUGGCAAUUGGAAGUUCUACUUUUCAUUUUUUUUUUUCACAGUUUAAAUACAAAAUAACAUGUAAAUGCCAAAAGUUUACUUUAUCAACAAGUAGAGGAAAUUUUUAGGGUGCUUUCUUUAAAUCAUGUAUGCCUCUAGAGUAUGAUGAUUUCAACUGAUUAAAAUUCAUUCAAAAUUAGAUGUCUUUACAUUUACAGUGGAGCCUUGUUAAUCAGGAUGCCAAUAAUCCAGAUGAUUCACCUUCUGGACGAAAUUUGUGAGAAACAAUUUAUGUUUAGAUAUACCAAGGAUGUUUCAUUACUUUGGUCUUUAAUCCGGAUGAUUUAUUCUGGAACACAAGCGUCCAGAUUAACUAGGCUUGACUGUAUUGAUUUAAAAAAAAACAGUUUUUUUAUAUUUACAGUGUAUAAUACAUAUGAAUAGACAAUCCAUUCAAUUUUUAUGUCCCAUCAUAAAAUGGCCGAGGGCAUAUGGUAAUACCCUGUUCCGACAUUCAGUCAUUCUGUCAUCAUUGACUUUCCAUUCAUUAUCUCGGCAACAGUUGUACGCAUUCAACUCAAAUUUGACAAGAAUAUGACAUAGGAAUAGGCAGGUCAAGUUCGAAUUUCAUUGGUCCGAUGAUUUUUGACAGUUAAUCCUUCUUGAACUUUGAAAAAAAUAAAUUUUCAGUUUCGGCUCUCUUACUUUUGUAGGGAUGUAUGUAUAAGGUUGAAAUUACAUAUGCAGGUAUUUUACCAGAAAAUGUACAGGUCAAGUUCGAAUUUGGUAAUGGUCCGAUGACUUUUGACAGAGUUAUCCCUCUUGACUUAGAAAAAUUAAGAAAUUUUCAGUUUCCACUCUCUUACUCUUGUAGGGAUCUAUGAUAAGGUUUGAAUUGCAUAUGCAGAUACUUUAACAAAUUUAAAACUAAAUAUGGUAUUUGAAAUUUUGGCUGCCUGUGGGGGCAUUCGUGGAUUUACGACACAUCUAGUUCUUUUCUUAAAUCUCUUUAUAUAUGUACACCUUGAGACAUGGUAUGGCACUGUAUGUCUGUCAUUCCAUCUGUCUGUUCAGCAAUCUAUGAACUUCAGUUUUCCUAAGUUAGUCAUGCUUUGAGGUAGGCUCAUGCUCUCUCUCUCUCUCUCUUUCGAUUAAUCAGAAUAUUUGAUACUUGAUGUCAUAUUGAUUUGUAGAGUAGGUUUAAGAUUUAUAAAUUCUGCCCAAUUCUUACCUAGUCAUAGCCUUGGAAUCAAAUUUACUAUAUAUUUAUGAGUAUUGCAAAGGGAGGUAAAUCCGAGAUAAUGCUUACAGGUUAUGGAAAAAACUUGGUGUUCAUUGUUUGGGGGAAAAUCAGUUCAACAAGUUGAUCUGCAUGGAUAAUUUAAAUUAAGUCAUUUUUAAUAAAUUUUGAAGUCUUUUAGAUCAUUGAAGACAUACUUUUUUGAUUUUAAUUUAAAGUUAUGGCCCUAGAAAACUAGAAAUAUCUUUGGAAAGGAUGUAGGUAUGUUAAAUGGAUGUAUAUUGAACGCUUGGUGGUAUUUUGUUCAGUAUAUGUAUUUCAUGAAUUUUUGCCCACCUUUUUACCCCAUUUUACACUUUGUUUGUUUCAUAUGCUUAUUGAUUGUGAUAUUAAUGGCUUAAGGGUUAUAUACAUGUAACAAAAUUGAGGUUUGCCGACGAUGCAUUUGUCAUGGAUAAGUACCAUCUUAAAACUAAGAAUUUGAAUCUUGUUAUCUUUUACACAAUAUGAUAUAUGUAUAUGUAUAGUUAUCCAUUUAUCUUUUUAUUAAUCAUCCUCAUCAGAUGUUUUUCCAGGUUUUGAAAUCCUUGCUGCACUCUUAAAAAGUAUUAUGUGAAUAUUUUCUUUAAAGUCCGUAAAUGUAUAAAAUUUUGAAUGUGUUUGGUAAGACACUUAUCAUUACAAUCCAUACACAAUAAACAUAUGAUUAACAAACAUAGAUACUUUUUGGUCUAAUAACAAAAUACGAAACAGGUUUGAUGACUUUGAAUACUUAAAACUCAUUUAGUUUUUCAUAUCUGAGUGACCCACAUAAAUUAAAAUUUGAAGCUCAUGGAAAGAAAUGUCUAACACUUAAAUUCAUGGAAUUUUAUAACAACAUGUGUGAUCAUAUGUGUCAUUUUUUGGGGUUUUGUUUUGCACAUUCUGUACCCUAGAGGUAUGAAUGGUAAUAUUCCAGUCAUGACUGUAAAAAUAAUAAUGAAUGUUUCAUAGUUCUUUGGUAUAGAAAUGUUGCUUGACCUUGACAUCAUAUAAUUUUAAUAAAUGUAACAAGAA